AUGUCCGACCAUAGUACACAUAAUAUGUACAUUUACCCCGACGAGUAUGAGUACAACGAAAAGCAACUGACUGAUCAUGAUCAUCCUUUGAUUCACACUCCAAUUGAAGCUGUUGAACAUUAUACUGAGGAUGACCCCGAAUGCCCAUUUUUGGGGGAGAGAAGUUACUUACCAAAUGGUGAAAGAGGGGAAUAUGAAUGGAUAUCUUAUGGGACUGUACUGAACACUGCUAAAGCCUUAGCGCGCUCUCUCUUGGAAUUGGGUUUGAAGAAAGGCGAUGUAGUUGGCUUUUUCUCGAAACGACGACUUGAGUGGCACUACCUCUUUUUGGCGUGUGGGUAUACGGGAAUUGUCUUGGUCACAUUGUACGAGUCUCUCUCAGUUGAUGCGUUAAAAUUGAUCAAUUCAAAUGCCGAGUUCAAAAGAAUUUUUGUGUCGGACGAGAAGCUCAAAGUAGUCACACAGUCGACUUCAGCGCCAAUCACUGUGAUCGAACCCCUCCACCCCACUGACGAGAAAUCUCAAGCUGAAGAAAUUGGGUACAAAAACACCGAAUUAGGAUUUUACCAGUUAAUCGAGAAUGGCAAGAAGUUGACUACAGCGCUGAAGAGAGUUGAACCCGACGAUUUAGCAUUGAUUAUGUAUACGUCUGGUACUACUGGUAAUCCAAAAGGUGUUCCACUGACUUAUAGAAACUUAUCUGCGUCAUCUUCAUCGUUGUGGAUGCGAGUUCCUUUAUACUUUGUUCAACAAUACCCAAGAAGAGAACAACGCAUCUGUUCGUUGUCGUUCUUACCAUUAGGACAUGUCUUUGCGAUAGUUGUUGAAUUCAUUAUGUAUCGAAUGGGUGGGAGAAUUGGGUUCAUGUCAUCAACACAUUUAAAAGUAGUUGAAGACAUCGGGGUCUUGAAGCCUGUAGUGUUUGCUGCUGUUCCCAGAGUCCUUCAGUUAAUAUACACUGGCGUUUAUAACAUCCUUGCAACGAAGCCAAAAGCUGUUCAAGUGGCUUUUGAAACCGCGAUGAAAAUCAAAGAAGGGAUACUUAAAGUGAAUUCAGAGGCAAUUACAACAACAUUCGACAACAUUUUCUUUAAACAAGUGACUGAGAAGUUUGGUGGAAAUUUAAGAGUUGUGAUAUGUGCUGGUGCACCGUUGUCACAAGAUAUUGCCAAAUUCUUUAGAAUUGUCAUUUCAGACGGAUUCUUUGUUGGAUAUGGCCUGACAGAGACAUGUGGAAUGGGAUUGUCUACGGUAUUCCAUGAUGGAAUUGACUUGGAACAUGUUGGGCAGCCUUAUGUGUCUUCUAUGGUGAAGAUUCGAUGUGUACCUGAGAUGGGGUAUUGUACCAAAAAUGAAGUACCGACUGGAGAGAUCAUGAUUAAGAGUACUGCUGCAUUUAAGGGAUAUUACAAAGAGCCCGAUGUGAAGGUAAUUGAUGAAGAAGGCUUUGUGUAUACGAACGAUAUCGUGUCGGUGAGAAAAGACGGGAAAGUGAAAAUUGUCGCGCGUAAAAACAACGUCUUUAAACUGUCGCAAGGAGAGUAUAUUUCCGCAGAGAAAGUGGAGUCAAUGAUGACGCAGUGCAAAUACAUCCAAGACGUUUUUGUCUAUGGAAACUCGUUGAAGAAUUAUUUAAUUGGCGUUGUAGUCCCUAACUUUGAUUCCCUCAAGCUUUGGGCUAAAGCAAACAACAAAACACUUGGAACUAAAGAAGAAAUUUGUAAGUCGAAAGAGAUCAACGAAAUGAUUGUUAAAGAAAUGUCUAUAGUAGCUGAUCAAACUGGUUUAAAAGGUUUCGAAAAAGUGAGAAAGAUUGUUUUGCACGACAAAGUAUUUGACACAGCUCGUGAAUUUAUUACACCUUCAAUGAAACUGAAACGUAAAAACCUUUACGACUAUUUCAAGGAUGACAUUGAGGCAUUACUUAAAGACUAA